GGUAACAGCGUCAGUGUAGAUUCAGGCAGUGCUGAUCACACUGAUUUGAAAUUAUUCAUACUCAUCGUUACAGUGUAAAUACAGUAGAACCUCGUUUAUACGAGAUACAUAAAUCAAUUCUAGCUAUCUAGUGAUUUAUACCUUUUAUUACAUGAAUUGACCUAAACCAUGAUCGAGUGUGAACUUCAUGGAGGGGAUAGCUAGUGGACCUCUAUUAUCAGAACUACUUGGUUAUCGGAACUGUCUUGUCCGCGGACUUGCUCGGAUAAGUGAGGUUUUACUGAAUAAUCGAGUUGAAAAAAAUAAUGUAUAACGAUUACCAUUGGACAUAUCGCCAAUACAAUUAUAAAUAGAAGCAAUUAAAGAGUAAAAUGAUGUUGGGCAACAGCAUUCGAUCCUACGAUCUUUCGAGUACAAGAACUCCAUACUAUCCGUAUUACGACUAUUUCGAUAACGGACUAAUAACUAUAGCAUUAAUCGCAAGUGUUAAACUUUUCCUGUGACAACAAUAAAAAAAAGAAAAAAAUGGCAUUUCGUGUUGAGUCUGAGAAGAAUUAUGAAUUUAUCUGCAAAAGUCUAAUUGCUGGUGGUGUAGCUGGAAUGUGUUCAAAAACAGCAGUGGCUCCCUUAGAUAGAAUAAAAAUAUUACUGCAAGCACACAGUGAACACUAUAAACACUUAGGUGUUUUUUCUGGUCUAAGAGAGAUUAUCCAACGUGAACAAUUUUUUGCUCUCUACAAGGGAAACUUUGCUCAAAUGAUUCGAAUCUUUCCAUAUGCAGCAACACAGUUUACAUCAUUUGAAUUGUACAAGAAGUAUUUAGGAGCCUUAUUUGGGAAAAACGCACAUAUAGAUAAAUUUUUGGCUGGAUCUGCUGCUGGUGUUACAGCAGUUACAUUAACAUAUCCACUAGACACCAUUAGAGCUAGGCUUGCUUUUCAAGUUACUGGAGAACACAUUUACGAAGGAAUUAUUCAUGCGGGUAUCACAAUUUUCAAGGAGGAAGGUGGUCUCAAAGGAUUAUACAAAGGAUUUUGUCCAACUGUUAUUGGUAUGAUCCCAUAUGCAGGAUUUUCGUUUUAUUCAUUUGAGAAGUUUAAGUACUUGUGCAUGAAAUAUGGAUCAAACAUUUUUUGUGACAAAUGUGAUAAAAAUACAGGUGGUUUAGUUUUAACUGUACCAGCAAGAUUAUUAUGUGGAGGUAUUGCAGGUGCCAUUGCUCAAAGUUUUUCAUAUCCAUUAGAUGUUACUAGAAGACGUAUGCAAUUAUCUAUGAUGAAUCCAGAUACGCACAAAUAUAGCGCUGGCAUGUUAAAAACUAUAAAACUAAUAUAUAGAGAAAAUGGCAUUACGAAAGGUCUCUAUCGUGGGAUGAGCAUUAAUUAUUUGCGAGCUAUUCCUAUGGUGUCAGUUAGUUUUACAACGUAUGAAAUCAUGAAACAAGUACUCAAUUUAGACACGGGAAUGAAAGUAUAAUUUAUUUUAUAUCAUAGUGAGUUUUGAUAUUCCAACUUUACCUAUACAGAAGUACAAAGCACAUACAACAAAGUGUUAGAAUUAACGGAGCCUUGAAAUAGAUACCCUCGGUUUAAUAACAAAGUAUAAAGAAAGUGGUUGCUGUUAUACGACUAAAACGAGACUGACUGACGAGCCAUACCCGCGCGAUAACUUAAAAGCGGAAGCUCCGUGAUCGUAGCGCUUAUUUAAGCGAAAAUUAUACAGACGUAUGUACAGACACGAGAAUACAUAAAAAAAAAAAGUCAAGUUCUAAUACAAAGUGCAGUUUAAUCCCAAAUAAUAAAUACCAAAUGUUGUACAUUUGUAGUGUAUAUUAAUACGCAACACAAGAAAUGUUCGUUAACGAUGUAUAGAAAGAAACUGCAACCGAAUAUUAUUGUAUUUAAGAACUGAAAACAAAACUAAAAACUAGCAAUUGUAAUAGAAUUGUAUAUUUCUAUCGAUAGUGUUAAAUAAUAGAAAAUUUGAAUUUUAGGUAAGGAUUAAUUUAUUAUAAACACUUAUAUCAUAUAUAAGAAAUAAUAUAUUUGGUAUGGAUGUUCCAAAGGAAUGUAUGUAACAAUAAUUGUCUUGGGAACGCGGUAAUUCCAGGAUCAUAGAAGGUUUAUAAAUAAAAUAUUUUUCUUCAAU